AUGAGGUUGUCCCUGUGCGCAACGCUCCUGUGCCUGCUAUGCGGGCUAGCGAAAUGCCGGAAAGGCCUAAACUUCGAUCAGAUAAUCAAGUACCUAAAGGAAACAAAAAUUAUCCCAGAAAACAUUCCAGACACCUUGGAAGAUGCCAUCCAAAUUGUGCCCCCCUAUAUUAUAUAUAAGUACAAAGGAAAGAUCUACUACCUGCACAAUAAUGUAGAUAUUACGCCCGUAGACGAGAGAAAAGCUGAUCCUGUUUUCCCCGUGCAAGAGAGUGAAGUAGAAGCCGUAAACCCUCUGGAGUGUCACCCGAUAGUACCAGGAAGCGAUGGCGCAGUAACUCCUCUACCAACACAAAGCGCCCCCGCAGAAGAGGCAGCCGACACGAUAAAAAUGGUUUUAGACGAAGACACAGGAAUUAUGGUAGCAACAAACACUAACGUGAUCAUCGAAAAGGAGAAGCACACCACAGAAACAUUCACCAUCCCGAAAGACGCACAGUGGAGCAGCGAAGAAAAGGAAAAAAACACAAAUGUGUACUUAUUUGGAGGGGAAAACAGCACAGUGUAUAAAAUCACAGAAAUUGUCCAAUAUAAAGAAAAUAAGGAUAUAUGUAAAAACAUCCAGCUCGGUUACGAACGAUUCUACAAUAAUCCUUCAUCAUAUGGUGACGAAUUAGGACUAACAACUGAUGAGAAAACUCCCAAAGUUGUUCACAACGUAGACACGAAAGAUUACUCCUCCUUCUUGACGGCCUUACAUAUACUUUUUAGGAAGGAUGAAGAAAUAGGGGUGCAAAAAAUUUACAAAAUAAAUAACGUCCCCAAGACAGAUCUACUUCUAUUCAUUAAGCAAGCUUACAAGAAUAUUCAUGACACGUUGAAGAAUUAUAUUCUUGUGUCUGGGUUCAGCUUCUACGAUUAUACUUACGACGUGGGUUCUUUCUCCUUAGAUGUGUUCAUGAACGACUUUUUUUUCCUCUCCAAUAGUGAUAGCAAAGAAAGGGGUACCUUUAAAAAUGUCACCUCCAGUAUUAAGUACGCAUCUACUGCCAAGGACAAAUUAAGUGUCUACAAAAUAGAGAAAGCGAUUAAGGAUUUCCUGGCGGAAUCGAAUCUACGGGUUCUAGAUCUUAAAUUAAUUCAUCAUCUUUUUUCCAGAAAUUUCAUCCUCAACUGCACUGAAAAUGAUCUAAUAGAUUUCGUCACCAACCUUGUAAACAUCACAGGGGUGGACAUCUCCCCGCGGAUCGGAGCUACAAUCUUUGCCUACCUUCUGCAAAAGGUUAAUAUAUACCUAAUGCCGAGUUAUCCCACCAAAACUAGAAAUAGUUACCUUCUCUUUAUGGAGAACAACGAUCUGCUAUUCAACGUGGAGUCUAUCUACCGAGAUAUCUUUAAAAACUUCUACCGCAUUAGCAGCUCAAACGGGGAUCUCCCGAACGCUCAGAAUCUAGACAAUGUGUUAGCUCUUACCCCAUGGGUUCAGAAAAUCUACCCCAAUUUCGGAAGCACCUACGAUUUCUUAACCAUGAAAUAUGGACUUGCCCUCUUUUACAACACUUACCACAUGGUGAUUAACUUUUUCCAAGGAGACCCCAAGAUGAAGCAGAUUCUACUCGAUCAUAAGGACUCCAACAAGGUGGACACGCUAGACAAAUUUCUAAACGAAGUGGUGGCACUCUUCCCCCAAGGUUCGGGCAGCUCUGCGUGGCCCUCGUCUCUCUUAUCCAUGGCCCAAGUGGAAGAGAAGCCCCGUGGGCGUGUCCUCAGUGAAGAUAAAAUAAGCACCAGCGGAGAAGAUAGCGUAGGUUCUGACGAUGAUGAUGACGAUAGUGACGACGUACCAGACGACGAGGACGACGAAGAGUCCAAAGAAGUAAAGGAAGCGCAGGAGGAAGCCACGGCCGAUGAAAACCACGCAGAUGUAUACGCACGGGAAAAAAACAAAUACAAUGAACUGAGACAGGUAGUCGAAACGGAACUCAUACAAGAAAGAAAGGAAUACGCACAAAAGAAGCACGAAGAAGAGGAAAGGAUAAAAAAAGAGGAACAAGACAAAAUCGCAGAAACGGAUAGGAAACACGAAUUGGAGACCCAGCAAUUGGAAGCAGAAGAAGAUAAAGUGGAACCAAUAGAAGAUGCUCAAAAUGAAAAGGAAUAUCAAAAAACCCGUACACAAGAGAGGGAAAGAGCAAGACUCACUAAAGAAAGGAUGAUAAAAGACGGCACUUAUAGAGAUUACACCCAACACGAAAAAACCCCAGAAUCAUUUUACUACAGCACCGCAUUGAAUUCCUUAUAUAGCCAAUUGAAAAAAGAGUAUGAAGCAGGAGUGGAUGCUGGGUUCAAAGUAGUGGCAGAUAUUACACUAAAACUGAAGCAAGAGUGCAAAGCGUUGGCGAGAAAAGGCGUCCCUGAUUAUGUUAAGCUGAAGCAGCAAGCAAUACGAGAGAACGAGAAGCUGUUCGAAGACUUAAGCGCCAAAGUGAAGAACGAAGAAAGUAGAAAAGAAAACAUCCUUGAGUAUAAGUCAGACUUAGAUGCACAUCUAGACAAAAUGAUGGCCAAAACUGAAGACGGGCAAUAUAACAUAACCACAGGACUUCUUAUGAAAAAUUUUAAAAAGUACCAAAACGAUCUCACAAAACAAUGUGAAGGUGAAAAAGGAUUCUAUGGAAAAUUUAGAAAAUUUCUUGGGAAGAGAAAAAAAACCAUAAUGAAACAAUUAAGAGAAACCCUCAAUUACUCUAUCAGAAUCAUGCAGGAUCUAGCACCUAGUUACGAUGAGCCAACAUACACGAAGACCUUCACCGAUAUUUUUACGGCGAAAAAAGAGGCUUACAAAAAAGAAUUCAAGACGGCUAGGAGGGUAAUUUCUAGAAACAUGGAUGCAGCUUUUAGGAAACAUAUUAAACUACACUACGAGGAAAUAGACCUCAAAGUUAGGGAGCAGCUUCAGCCAAUUCGCCAACAGGCCCUCAACAAAAUUGACGAAAUUUACGCAGACCUCUUUAACACAAUGCACGUGGAAGUACAAAUCGACUUGGAGUCCAUAAAAAAUGAAAAACUGAAAAUGAAGAAAAGGGUUUUCCAAAUUGUGAGACAAAAUACCAACUACCCAAAUGAUUUGAAACUUCUCGAGGACAACUUGGCACAAUACAAUGCGGACCAAACCCCAGAGGGGAUAACGAAAAAAGACCAACUUAACGCAGAGAUUACCAAGCUAAAACAGACAAUCGAAAAAAAUAAAAGUGAUGCAUCUGGUCUUAUAACCCAUUUUCAAUCUAUUUCAGAGAGAUACGAACAGGCCCUAAUAAAAAUGGACGCUAUAGACCAUCUAGAAAAACGAUUUAGACUCUUCCGUUUCGAAGUAGCCAAAGAAUACAAAGAUUGCAAUCACUACACAGAUGCACUGGUGCCCCAUUCGAACAAAAACGGAGGGGAGUACAUACGAAUUGAAAAUAUCACCAAAGAUCUACUUAACGAUAUAGACCAAAUAAAUUACGACAUCAACGAAACGAGGUUUCUCCUACAUGCACUGAAAACAAAAAAGAAGCACAUCGAAUUGGACAUACAAAUAGGGGAGAAGCUUUACCAUAUGGAGGAAAACUCAGAUAUCAACUCGAAAAAUGACGCAAAUAAAGAAAAACUAAAGGAGAUAGUUACCAACAUAGAGAAUGAACAACACAAAUUGGAAAAACUCUACAUCAGGAGGGACGUCUUCAUGAAGGAUCUAAACUUCGUCGUCAGUGAUACUGAGAAGGAUCCCCCAGAAACGCUAAAACUGCUCCUCCCAGAUCUUAUAAAAAAAACAGAAAAAAAAAAUUUAGAAAGUUUUAUAAUAGAAAUUAUGAUCGAAACGGAAAUCGAAAAUAAUGCACUCUCCAAACUUAUUAAGACUUUUAAUAAAGACGUCCUCUUCUACAAAUACCACACCAUCAACCCAUAUGAUUAUUUGAGGUUACCCACUGAUGAGAAAAACAUCGAUGAGCAAUUUUCAGCGCAGUUGCACAGAAACGCUGAAAUGUUUGCAGACAAAUUGGAAAGCUUCCGUGGGGAGUUACAAACGUACAAACAGUUGGUGAAAAAGCAAGGGGGAGUUAAACAGCCAGAAGCUCUAACCUACCUUAAGAGGAACAUUGCCCAUUUGAAAAAUAUAAUUCAUUCUCUACGUAAUGGAACACAUAUAGAAGACUUCAGUUACAUUUUGACGAAUCCAGAUUUUUUCCAAAGUGGGGGAAUUAAAAAUGAAGACAGAGAAAGCGAACUAGCACACACAGCGCUGCUGAAAAGGUAUGUCGCCUUGAACUCCCUAGGAAAGGUACUCACCGACACACAAAAUAAAGCAUUCCACUUUGGUAUACAUUACAAGUAUACCUCAGAUAAAGUCCUAUGGUAUCUAGCCAUUCUGAAAAAGUACAUUGAAAGAACCGAAAUGGUAUAUAAUAACUCCUACGAUUGGGGAAAGAAGUCCAGACUGAAUCAAGGAGAAUACCUAAAAAAUAGGGCCGAUGCUGUUUUGGAACAACCGGUGCUUCUCCAGUACGGAGGAGACAUUUGGGAUGGUUCGUGGGGAUUCUCAUGGGGGGAAGCAGCGGACAAGCAAAAGUACCUACGUGUGGUGAAGAAAGAGCAGACCUAUCCCUACAAAUUGAAAGAAAUCAAAGAUGUAUACGUUGUGGAUAAAAUUGUAAAAGACAAAUUGGUACGAACAGGAAAGCUAGACUCACUCAAGGAUUACAUGCACGUGAAGGUUUACAACAUCGUGGAGGUAAAGGGCCCACCUAUGACCCUCUUCGAUAAGGAGGAGCUAAAUCAACUAAAACUGCUAACUCCAGAUGGACACAUCACUCAGGGUAGUGUGAAAAAUUACAUGACCCACUUGGGGUUCAUGUCAAAAGGGGGAGCAACCAGUGGGGAAAAUGCAUCUAACACAGAGGAGCAUCUACCCGCCAUCCUCCAAACAGCGGCAGAAUACCUAAAACAAAGUAGUAUCAGUUACGAUGCCAUUUUGGAAGUACUAAAAUAUUUGAAGGCUAAUCCCCAUGCGAUCAACGUGCGGGAUAUCAUAACCGUGAGUGAAAUAAUUCUGGACAAUUCGAACGUCUUCUUCGUGAAGCCUGACACGCUGAGCAUCUACAUUAUAACCUUUUUGGAUCUCCUGGGGGUGCAGGUCAAAAUGGACGACAUACAGAGAAGGGACAGAAAGUCCAGGGUGAUGACUUACCUGAACAUUUUAAAAAGUUACUACAAGAAAGUAGAAAUUAAGGACGAAAUGAAGAAACACGUGUUGCGCUUUCUCAGGCCCACUGAUGUAUCCCCAACUUUGUCCUACAACCCAAAGCUGCAUGAGUUCCUCCUAGGGGUUCACCAAAGCUUGGAUGGAAACCAGAUUUUGUAUGAAGCAUUUAAAAAGGAAAAUCCCCAAUUUGCAACAGAGCUUUUAAGCGGAAUAAAGAAAGGGCUGGACGAUUUCGUGGAUUAUAUCUUCGCCAAGGUAGCCACACAUAGUUCGGCUCAUUUCAAGUCCAAAUAUUAUCACGAUCAUAAAUACAAAACACAGGAAAUGGAAAAGUUAGGAAUCGACUCAUAUAGUUACAGCAAUAUUCAUUUGGACAAAUUAAUGACAUUAUUUUUUUAUUUUGUAAAUCCGGACCUUCGAAACAUGCUAAAUGAGCAUGUCAUAGAUGCAAGGUUGUCUUGUCUGGACAAAUUUUCCACCUUCGAUUUUAAGGAGAUCUUUUCCGUCACAAAUGACACCGAGUUGAAUAAACUGUUCGAGAAAAAAUUUACAUCUUUUGCAUACGGACGUGUCCAUCCGAUAGCAUACUUGUGGAGGUACUUAUUACAUCCCGAUAAUAAGGAGUUAUUUACCUUUGAGAAGGUCAGUUCUGUCGUCGAAAAGUAUUUUUCGGACAGUGUAUUUGAUGAUAACACUAGGGUGAUGCUCUCCAAAUUGGCCUAUUCCUUCCUUGCCAGAAUGUCCUACCACACGGUGUCCUACUUUGAUAUCCAGAUGGAGCACCUAAUCGAGAAGAGCGAUAUAGAGUUGAUUUCCCUCUUCCAUAACAUUUUAAAUAAAUUAAAUUUCCUUUUAUAUUGUACGAAUAAGAAACCAUACCUAGAACGAUAUGCCCCAGCGAACCUACUCCCCUAUAGCAGACCUUUCAAGUUAGAUGCACUGAAGAUCUUUCACCAGUUUGUGAAUUCCCUGCCAAAUUAUUUACGUUCUUACAUUGUUAACUUCUUCGAGACGGACUUCUCCGAAGUAACGCAAAAUUUGAUUGUAGAUUUGUUCCACCACAUUCAGUCCUUCCUGGAAAACGAUAGCAACUCCUUCGAAUCGGAAGACGAAAAUAAAAUUGAGUCAUUUUUCAAAUUGAAUUAUUUCUUCACAAAAAAUAAAAACGUUACGGAUGGAGACUACCAGUCCAUGCUUCAAGAGGAACCGCAUUUUAAGGAGGCAAAAAUUAUCUUCAGCAGGAGGGUCACAUAUGAUCAUGUUAAUAAGAAAAGCAACUACCAGGAGAACCUUCAUUUGAAAGACCUCAUAGACGAGCAGUCAUUUAAAAUGCUACUACAGACCCUAAUAAAAGAACAAAUAACUUUUGAUGAACUGAAUGAAAAAUUUAAAAACUUCAUGAAGGAAAAAAAACUUGUCUUCCCAAAAUUUGAUAUCCUAAAAACUAAAAUUACCCAAACGGCAGAUGAUCUCUAUUUUCUGAAUAUUUACAAACAUCUUUAUGACACAUUUCAGAAAAUCCAUGUGACGCAGCCCAUCCAUGAUUUGUACUUCCUCUUUUUUAAGGUCCUUCUCGAAUAUUCAGUUGCUCCGUUUAAAUUUGAGAACGAACGUGUGCAGAAGAACCUGGAAAAACAGCUUGCACUCAAGUACCAAAAGUAUAUAGAAUUCCUAUCGCAACUCUUCCCUUGCCUUUUCAACUUUUACUACUACGAUGACACGGUUCAUUGUCAAAAUUUUGGAAACUACAGUGAGGAGGAAUUUUCCCCUGAGCAAAAAAUGCUGAACAUUUUGCAGACCCCUUUUGUGCAACUCCCGCAGACGGUACAGAACAACCAAAUAAACCUCGACUACCAUAUAAAUGAGGAAGAUCUCUUCUUUGACUUUAUUAAGGAAUUCAUACCAGACAGUCAAAAAAUGGAUGAGAAUCAACUCAAAGUGGAAUCCUUCAAAAUCAGAUACUUCAUCACGGAAAUAUCCAAAUUUGUCAUGCGCAAAGUUAUGUCCAAAAUGCCAUCCUCCUAUAUUUUCAACAUGGGUUCCAAGGACUUUUACAUAAACGUAGAUGAUAUAAUCAACAAUUUACAGCCAUUCUUCGAACAGGUUCGAAAAGUGAAAGCACCAUCGGAUCCAGUUAACUCCUCCUAUGGUGUCAUCAGUGGAACUAUAGCAAAUUUCAUGGACACAAACAAAGCAGACGCCGAUUCUAUUAGAUUCCAAAAUAUCAAGUUUUAUCUGAACAGCCACGUCACGCAAUUGUUCCUCCAGAAUAAUAUGUCCUUUAAGUACUUCAUAGACUUCAUCAAAAAUAUUGACAAAUUCAAGACCUACUUCCCAACCCUCUCUGAGAUGUACAUGUUUGUGGACAAGCACGUCAACAUAAUCAACGCGAUUACACAUCCUAACUUCACCGAGCGGGUUACCACACAGAGGGUUAUCCAAAUUUUCGUGGACACGCUGAAGAACUUCGGUGUCGACCUCUACGAGAUUUAA